GGGAGGGAGCAGGGCCGUGGAAUGUUGUGAUGUCAUCAGCCUCAGUCAAACACACAAAGACGAGGAGGACCCACAAGCACUCCGACUCUCUCAGCUUAGUUAGCAUACUCUGCUGUGGAGCGGCUGUCUACAUCCCACUACUGGACCUAUGACGACUUCCAAAGUCAAAGAAAACUGACAUGUAGGGUGGAGGAACUGGGAGCACAACACAGAAAGACAGCCUGUGUGUGUGUGUGUGAGACUGUACAGUAUGUACAAAAGAGCAAGCAUAAUCAAUUCAAGAAGAGUUCAAUUGGGAAAGUCAGAGUGACUUCAGGAUAAAUCUCCUCACUAAGUUUGUGCCAAACAACAUGAGACGAUAAAGCAUCCACCUCUACUGAAGACGCUGCUGGCCAAAGGACAGCGCUUCCUUCAUCUGACUGACAGCUGGGGCGGGUGGUACGGAGCGAGCCCACCAUUCAGCCGCCAACAUGCUGCAGCAGAUUCUAAAGGAAAUGUACAUCGACCCCGAUGUGCUGAACGCUCUCAAUGACGACCAGAAAAAGACUCUGUUCCUGAAAAUGCGCCAGGAGCAGGUACGGCGCUGGAAAGAGCGGGAGGAGAAACUCGAGAAAGAAGAGAGGAGCAAUGAAUCAAAGCGGCCAAAGGCCAGGAAAGCCAACAGUAAGAAUGUUUCCUGGAUGCCCGGCCGGGACGGCGACGUGGCGGUCAUCGUGAUCGGGGAAGUGGACGAGCUCACCUCGAAGUUCAUCUGCUCGGGACUUGGAGAAAAGAAGACACCAAAUCCUCAGAACAACACGCACCAGAAAACUAUCUUGAAAAGCAGAAAAAAUACGGAACCUGACAGGAGAGAAAGAGAGAAUCUUCCUCCUAAAACACAACCUGGUAUCUCACUGAACUUAAAGGGCAAGAGCGAGGAGACGGCUGCUUCACUCCCUCUGCCGGUGUCAGUGAGUGAGCAUUCAGCAGCUACAGAGGCAGAAAAGACUGAGCUGAAGUCAGCCGGCGCGACCGAGGAGAAGUCACUUCCUCAGCCCUCCAUCUGCUCCAGGCCUCCCAAGAGAACCAGCCCUGUCAACGUGAGACCGGCUUCUGCAAACGUGGAACCAGGCUAUAUCAACACGAGACCCGGCCUCACAAAUCUGAGACUGGCAGCCGCCUCUCCCCCCAGCAGCACUGUCAAAACAGACCCCGGGAUGACGUCGCCCACCAAAAGUGGUCUGCACUCCCGAGAAGCUCCGAAGGCCCAGGAGUCACACGGCAGCAAAAAUGUUGGCGCAUCGGAAACAUUUCGAAAGGCUCCCUCAGAGGAGGCCGGGACUUCAGGUAAUCCGCCGGUCUGCGCCGGGCGUGGUCGGGUGGCCCAGCUGAUGAAAACCUUCAGCGUGGACACCGCUACAUCCUCAGCACAGAGCGCUUCCCGCGGCAUCAAGCCGCCCCUUCCCAACAAGCCCAGCCACUUGCGUGUCACGACCACGCCGACCGUCAGGUAAUCCCUGAACACUGGCGGGACAGUCGCUCACCCAACACCGUCUGUUCCUGUGAUUCAAAUAAAGCCGCACGACGGGGACAGGCACAGUGUGUGGACGGUCAGUCGGUGGGCUCAUGGACGGAGAGCUCCAAAAGCGGCUCAGAAAUGGUAAUUGUAGCUAUCACUCCCCAAAGCACAGUGAUGGAAAUGCUUGAAUGUAGUAGUUUAGUUUUAUGUUUGGUUGCUGUAUUACUGUAAACACUCAUUGGGAAAGAAAUUCCAAAGGAAUGCAUUGCUUUUAGUAAUCCUGUUAGUAUGAUCAGCAGUUUUUCUGGCGUUUGCCAGAGGAUUGCUGACUGUCACAUGAGUGAGUGUUGUUCAUGCUUUCCACUCUCUACAACGUGGAAAACACACCCUUUAUUGUAACACACACACAGUUUGUAGUCCAACACACAAAGCCUGGGCACUCAAUAUUUACUCACCAAUUACAGAUUUUCCCUCUCUUAUGAGGCAGUUUACAUCAGCUGCCAUGCGGCCAUGUGCGCUCUCGCCUCCCGAUUUCUGCAUUCUCGAACACGUGGAGCGCAAACAGGCAUCGCGGAGUGAAGGAAGGUACAGUAGGGUCCUCCUUCAUCUUGCCGUUUCCUUCCAGGGAAUAGUGUAGGGUUGUUUAUUUGUCACAAUGCAAUGUAUGUCUCCCUCUGCCACCUGGCAGGAGUCUCGCUGCGACCUGUUGUGUGGACCAAUGACAGUGCCAAAUGCACUCAUCUGUCACUCCCAGUGGAUCAAAUCCUGGCAAGUUAGACAGUCGCUGCCAAAUAACUCAACUCUGUGUUACUGUCCUUUAUUUUUUUUCAGUGCUUUUUUCCUUGUUUUUAGAUGUGUGGUUUUAAGUCUUUUUUGUUGUUGUUGUUUUUGCAUUUUCUAUACCGACUUUGACAUUUUGUAAUGGGAUAUUUAAAGAAAAUUCUCAGUUCUAAAAUGAGAUAAAACUUUCUCCUUGACAUCAAGGCUGUAUGGUGCAAUCAAAGAAACAAUAAAAAUUUUGUCACUUGUA